CACAGGAAGUAGACUGUGAGCAUGUGAAGUCUUCAAGGGUGAUCUGGUGUCAGGGAACAUGCAGGCCGCGUUGGAAGUCACAGCCAAGUAUUGCCGGAAUGAAUUGGAUGAAUAUGGACAAUGUGUGGCCACCAAGCCGGGGACGUGGCAGAGCGAUUGUCACGAGCUGAAGGUCAAGGUGGCCCAACUCCUGUCCUCCAGCCCCAUCAUACAGAAGAUCCGUUCUCAAUGUGCAGCUCCCUUUAAAGCCUUCGAAGAGUGUCUGAAGCAGAACCAAACGGCGGUGGAGAACUGCUCCGGACAUGUCACCGAGUUCCUGCAAUGUGCCGAGAGGGUCAAGCUGGCAGAAUAG